AUGGAAAAUAUCAUAGAGUCUGGAAGUCAACCUUCUAAAUCUUCAAUUGAUGGGUCUACAGUGGUGGAAGGCCAAACUGUUGACACAAAUAAUCAACAGAAUGUGCAACCUACUACUGCAGUUCCUGAGAAGAAGAGGAAGAUUGUUGAGUCCAGAUCUCCAGUGUGGGAUCAUUAUGAAAAAAUUAAGGAUAGUGCUGGUGUUACUAUCAAAGGCAAGUGUAUAUAUUGUGCCAAAAUAUAUCAAUGUCAGUCUAAAAAGCAUGGUACUACCUCCUUGAGAAACCACAUGCUUAGCUGUCUGAAAAACCCCCACUCUAAAGACACUAGACAAUCACUGUUAACCUUUCAAGCUAUUACAAAUUCUGAUGCAUCUCCUGCUACUGUUGGUGAGUUAGGAACUUGGGUCUUUAACCAGGAAGCUAUUAGGAUGGCCUUGGUUGAAAUGAUUAUAAUUGAUGAACUGCCUUUUAGAUUUGUGGAGAGUCCAGGGUUUAGGAAGUUCAUUCUGGUGGCUUGUCCUAGGUUUAAGAUUCCAUCUAGAUGGACAAUUAGUAGGGACAUCAAUCUGAUUUAUGAAGAGGAAAUAUUGAAGUUGAAAUGUGUUUUUAGGGGGAACACUCAAAGAGUCAGUAUUACAACUAACACUUGGACUUCUAUUCAGAGAAUUAACUACAUGGUAGUGACUCCCCAUUUUAUAGAUGAAGAGUGGAAGCUUAACAAGAAGAUUAUCUCAUUUGUCCCUAUUACAUCACAUAAGGGUGAGGCUGUAGCAAAAGUCCUUGAAACUUGUUUGCUUGAUUGGGGGAUUAGGAAUGUGUAUAGUAUAACUGUAGACAAUGCUUCAUCUAAUGACACAGCUAUAGGUUUUUUAAAAAAGAAAUUGAUGUCUUGGGGAACAUCUACUGUGAAGGGCAAGUAUAUUCACAUGAGAUGUAUUGCCCAUAUUCUGAACCUUGUUGUCCAAGAUGGCCUGAAACAAUGUGAUUCUUCUGUGAAGAGGGUAAGGGAGGCUGUAAGAUAUGUGAGGAGUUCACCUGUUAGACUUAAGAAAUUUAGGAACUUGGCUGAGUGGAAUGGGAUUGAACAGAAAUCAUCUUUGUGUCUAGAUGUUCCAACCAGAUGGAACUCUACAUAUCUUAUGUUACAAUCUGCAAUUAUUUAUGAGAAAGUGUUUGAGUCACUUGAAGAAAGUGAUACUGCCUACAAAGCAGAUCUGUCUGAUGCUGUUCCUACUUUUCUUGAUUGGGAGUCUUUGAAGAGUUUGGUGGAGAUCUUGAAAUGCUUUAUGAUAUGA